GUGACAAAAAUAAAUAAAAAAUAAAAAGUUAAUUUUUCAAAAAUAAAUAAAUAAUAAAGCUGAAAGUUUAAAAGCAAGUUAAAAGAAAGCUGAGAGGAUACCGAAAGGAACAUAGAAAGAAAGAGCUUUUGUUUUUCUUUCUUCUUCUUCUUCUCUUCUUUCUUUUCUUCUCUCUUUUCUUUCACUUAAUUUCUAUAGCCUCAAAACAUAGCUAUACUAUAGUUAUAGGCUUAUUCUAUUCUAAUAUAUCAUAUACUUUAUAUAUCAAAUUUUCUUGCUUAAUUUUGCUAUAUUGAGUUUAGUUACCAUGUUAGCUAAUAGCUUAUCUCCAUCUUCACUUCCAUCUUCUGAGCCUUUUUCUUGCAAUGAAAAUGGCACUUCUUCCACUAAUAAAAGGAAAAGAAGACCCGCCGGAACACCAGAUCCAGAUGCAGAAGUGGUGUCUCUCUCACCAAAAACAUUGUUGGAAUCAGAUCGUUAUGUAUGUGAGAUCUGCAACCAAGGAUUCCAAAGGGACCAAAAUUUACAGAUGCAUAGAAGAAGACAUAAGGUACCAUGGAAGCUAUUGAAGAGAGAAACACCAGUUGUUAGAAAAAGAGUUUUUGUUUGUCCUGAACCAACUUGUUUGCACCAUGAUCCUUGUCAUGCUUUAGGUGAUCUUGUUGGUAUCAAAAAACAUUUUAGAAGAAAACAUAGUAAUCAUAAACAAUGGGUUUGUGAAAGAUGUUCCAAAGGUUAUGCAGUGCAAUCUGAUUAUAAAGCUCAUCUCAAAACUUGUGGUACUAGAGGUCAUUCAUGUGAUUGUGGUCGUGUUUUCUCAAGGGUUGAGAGUUUUAUUGAGCAUCAAGAUGCUUGUAACAUGGGAAGGAUCCAUAAUUCAGAAGCUCAACCACUACAAACACCAACUGCAUGCUUAUCAAGAACAGCUUCAAGUCCAAGUCCAUCAAGUGAAACAAAUUUCAAUACAUGUCCAUGGCAAACAAGGCUUCAAGCAAUUCCAAAAACAACAAAAGAAUCAACAAUAUUCAUGAACCCUGUUACUCCUAUUUCUACUAUUACACCUUCUUCUCAAACUUUCUCCAAGAACAAUAAACUUCUACUCCAUCCAAACUUGGAACUUCAACUCUCCACUACAAACAACACCAACAUGUCUCUAACAACAGACACGCCUUCGAUCAGAAGUGUUGGUACUGUAGAGGCUAUUCAGAAGGUUAACCGGUCAACUCAGUUGCAUCUCUCAAUAGGGUCCUCGGAAAUGAGUCAUGAGAAAAAUGAAUCAAACAAUAUUAGAAACUCAAACUCAUCACCAAAGGAGAGUAGCAAUAGCAAUGAGAAAGUUCAAUCAACAACAACAAACAACAUGGGUUUGUUGAGGGUUCAAGAACAAGCAAAGGAACAAUUAAGGGUAGCUAUGGCUGAAAAAGCUUAUGCUGAAGAAGCAAGGAAACAAGCAAAGAAACAAAUUGAAAUGGCUGAACAAGAGUUCAACAAUGCAAAGAGAAUUAGACAACAAGCACAAAGUGAACUUGAUAAAGCUUAUGGAUUGAAACAACAUGCAAUAAAGCAAAUCAAUUCAACUAUGCUUCAAAUCACUUGUCAAACUUGCAAACAACAAUUUCAACAUGAAGAUAACUCUUUGGUGUUGAGCUAUGUUUCUUCUGCCAUAACUACUGAAGGUGGUGAAGUAGAAAAUGUUGAUGGAAAAGGCAAAACAACUAAUUAGAUGCUAGAUAUCAUCAUCUUCAUCACUAUAUUUAUAUUUUCUAUGGUUUUUUCUAUGUCCACUUUUUUAAGGCUAAUUAAUAUCUUUGUGAAUUGGUAUACCAUGGUGAAGUAAGAGUUGUUGGUUAUGUAAGUUGGGAUUAAUUAAUAGUUGGGGGUGGAGAAAAGAGUGUAUUAAUUCAUGUAACUUGCAGCAGUUUGUGAGAUGGUAUUUGUUAAUUUAAUUUGGUAUAAAUGCAGACUAUGAUCAUAAAUUAAAGGGUUUCACUUAUGAUUUA